CAGAUUUUCUUAGGGGGUUUUUAGGGUUCUUGAUGGCCGCGUGUGGCGCAUUCGAGUUCCAGGCCAUCGUGGAUCUCCCAAGGCGCCGGAUUCACAGGCCGCUCCAGCUGACCAAGUGGCGAUCCGGGAGCGUGGCUCGGGCUUCUUCCCCAGCGCAAGCGCAGUUCCAUGAGGCAUGCAAAAGGGGGAACCUGGUACCUCUGUUCCAGCGGAUAUUUUCGGAUCACCUGACUCCUGUGCUGGCUUAUCGAUGCCUGGUCAAGGAAGAUGACAGGGAAGCGCCUAGCUUCUUGUUUGAAUCCGUGGAGCAUACAAACGGCGUCAGCAACGUCGGUCGCUACAGCAUGGUAGGGGCGCAGCCUGCCAUGGAAAUUGUAGCUAAGGAAAAUAUGCUGACUAUUAUCAGCCACGAGGAUGGAUACGAAAACGAAAGGAUAGUCAACGAUCCAAUGAAAGAACCGGAAGAGAUCACCUCAGACUGGAGCCCAGUGCCAGUCGAUGGUCUUCCAAAUGUUUUCUGUGGUGGCUGGGUCGGUUAUUUCUCGUAUGACACGGUGAGGUAUUCCGAGAAGAAGAAGAUUCCGUUUGCUAGUGCACCCUUGGACGACAGGGGAUUACCUGAUAUGCACUUGGGCCUCUACAAAGACGUCAUCGUAUUCGAUCAUGUUACAAAGAUUGCGUAUGCAGUUCACUGGGUCGACAUCCGGAGAUACGAGGAUCCGAAUACAGCUUUUCAGGACGGAAAGAAGCGAUUGCAAGAACUUAUCGAUCGUGUUCAGAACACUGAAGUGCCGAGGCUUUCCCACGGAAAUGUGAACCUGUCGGUUGGGCAUUAUGGGAAUCGUGUCAACAAGUCUAAUAUGUCACUUGAUCAGUUCAAGGGGGCCGUCUUAGCUGCUAAGGAGCACAUACUUGCCGGUGACAUAUUCCAGAUAGUAUUGAGCCAGAGAUUUGAGAGGAGAACCGCCGCGGAUCCUUUUGACGUUUAUCGAGCGUUGCGAAUUGUCAAUCCAAGCCCCUACAUGAUUUAUCUGCAGGCAAGAGGCUCAAUCCUGGUCGCAUCAAGUCCCGAAAUUCUCACACGCAUCAAGCAUGGCAAGGUCAUCAACCGACCUCUUGCGGGAACUCGAAGGAGAGGAGUUUCGGACGAGGAGGAUAAGAAACUGGAGGAAAGCUUGCUAAAGGAUGAGAAGGAAUGUGCCGAGCAUGUGAUGCUGGUCGACCUUGGACGAAACGAUGUCGGCAAGGUUUCCAAGGCAGGAUCCGUGCAGGUUGAAAAGUUUAUGGAAGUCGAGCGCUACUCACAUGUGAUGCACAUCAGCUCUACGGUGACCGGAGAGUUACAAGAGGGACUCUCAUCGUGGGACGCUCUUCGCGCAGCGCUACCGGUUGGAACAGUUAGCGGUGCUCCGAAGGUGAGAGCCAUGCAACUGAUAGACGAGCUGGAAGUUGCUCGACGCGGGCCGUAUAGUGGUGGCAUCGGCUCAAUAUCUUUCAAUGGAGACAUGGACGUAGCACUUGCUCUUCGUACGAUGGUGUUUCCCACAAGUUCCCAGGACAAGAAUGGUUCUUGGUUAGCUCAUCUUCAAGCGGGGGCCGGCGUUGUCGCUGAUAGCAUUCCGGACGAGGAGUACAACGAGACGGUAAACAAAGCAGCGGGUUUGGGACGAGCAAUCGACCUUGCGGAGACAGCGUUUCCGGCCGAGAAGCUCAUGGAGGUCUCAUAAAGCUAUGUUCUCUCUCUCCUUUUUCUAACUUCCAGUGCGAUAAUACGACAAUGUCCUGGAGAAAAAAUCAAACUUGGGGGUAAGCUUUUCCUUCGUCGUUUGUUCCUUUCACUUUUGGACUUUGUAGAGUGGAAGUCGAAAGCCAUGGGAUUACUUUUGGAAGGUUCCUUCUUAAAACGCAUCAAGCAAGCGGCGCCGGAGAGAAACAAGCAAAAAAAAAACGCGAGAAUCUCUUGUUUGAGGUGGACUGCACUAAGAACAAUCGCGUGAUCAUUGAUCCGGACUUGUGGGAUUUUAAAAAGGCGUGGCCUUCAUUGGAAAUGCUUUUCUAUGUUUUGUGCGUG